UCUCCCUUCUCUCUGCAGAAAAGAUGUCUUCUCCAGCUCUGGAAGAGGAGGACCUACCAACACACACAGGUCCCAAAGGGGUCAUUCAUGACUGGAGAAAGUUCAAGUUGGAGAGUGAGGACCAUGAAACUGUAACUCCCAACAGACGUGAACUCUUGAGACAGAUGUCCAACCCACAGAAGCCCGAGGAGUCCCGUGAGAGGGCCAGCCGCAAGAUGAGCACACAAGAGUAUGAGCUAAUAAAGGAGGAGGAUGAGAAGUGCCUACGCAAGUACCGCAAGCAAUGCAUGCAGGAGAUGCACGAGCGCUUGAGCUUCGGACCCCGUUUUGACGGUGUGUACGAGCUGGAGAACGGUGAAGCCUUCCUGGACGUCAUCGAGAAGGAGCACCGACUGACGCUGGUGGUGGUACACAUCUACGAAGAUGGUGUUGAGGGCUGCGAGGCCCUGAACAACUGCCUGACCUGCCUGGCUGCUGAGUAUCCUACCGUGAAGUUCUGCCGGAUCAAAGCCUCCUGCACAGGUGCUGGUGACCGCUUCUCGGACAACGUGCUGCCCACCAUGCUGGUCUACAAGGCUGGUGAGCUGCUGGGCAACUUCUUGCGCAUCACACAGCACCUGAACGAAGAGUUCUUCGCUGUGGAUGUGGAAGCCUUCCUCAACGAGUACGGUCUCCUUCCAGAAAAAGAGUUUGCUGCCUGUCCCAACGAUGAGCAGGAAGCUGAUGUGGAGUGAUAAUAUGCAUAUGCACAGAGAUGCAUUUACUAACUGUUACACAGACAGAUGGGCUGUAAGUGGAUAUUUAUACAAAUGUGCGAGAGCUUUGCUUUCAAAGCCAGCAUGAUCAGUGCAGCUGGUUGCAGAAUUUGUUCCAUUCUGGUUUCUGUGCUGAUGAGUAAUAUUGAUAAAUCACAUCCACAUUUUAGUAUAGAGCUUUGAGAUGAAGGAAUAAUGCUUUCACAGCUCAAAUCGAAA